UGGAUUAUUCCAUCCAUCCACCAGCAGUCUUGGGAAUAACACAGGUGACUUGACUGAAUAUCAGACGAAUGAAAAAUGGUGAGCCUGAAACUCCAAGUCCUGUGCGUUCUGAUGUUGAAUUGCUUCUCUGAAGGGGUGCCUUAUGACAGGUAUCAAGUGUUGCGAGUGACUUCCCCGCGCUGGGCAAGCGGGCGGGUGCAGCGUCUGGUGGCGGAGACUGCCGGCGCGGAGGUGUGGAGGCGAUCUCUCGAGGGCGCCCAGGAGGUGUGGGAGGUGCUCGUUCCGCCUUCGGGACUCUCGAGAUUCACCUCGGAUCUCAGCCAUGGCCGCUACUCCCUGAGUGUUAAGAUUGAGGAUGUGCAGAAACUGCUGGACGAGCAGGAGAGCGAGCGAGCUGCCCUGCGCCGGCACCGUGCCUCUUCCGCUUUCAGUCACUCUAACUACCAUGACCUUGAAGACAUCUAUGGAAUUCUAGAUAAGCUGGAAAUUGAAAAUCCCCUUGUGAGCACCUACGUGGCUGGUACAACUCUCGAGGGCAGGCUUAUUCGAGUGGCGCAGGUUUCGGCCGGCGGAGAUGGAACCAGACAGGUGGUGUGGAUAGAUUGUGGUAUCCAUGCCCGUGAAUGGAUCUCGCCAGCAACAUGCCAAUGGGUACUGGAUCAGUUGACGAGCGGGUAUAAUGCAGACCCGGGUAUCACAGAGCUGCUGGAUGCCUAUGACUUCCACAUUCUGCCCGUGGUCAACCCUGAUGGCUACGCUUUUUCGUGGGACGAGGACAGGCUGUGGCGGAAGAACCGUCAUCCCUACAACGAGACGUGUGUUGGCGUAGACCUUAAUAGGAACUUUGACUCACACUUUGGUGGUAUUGGUUCAUCCAACAUCCACUGCUUGCCAAUCUACCAUGGAGAAAUGGCAUUUUCUGAGCAGGAGACACAGGCUGUGAGAGACUCGCUAACCAAUCUUACGGGCAGACUUAAGGCUUACUUUGCCCUCCACUCAUUCUCCCAGAAGUGGAUGUUCCCAUAUGGGUACAACUUUGAGAAACCUGAGAACUAUGAUGAACAGUUACGGGUUGCCAGUAUUGGAGCAGAAGCCCUGUUUGCUGUGAAUGGUACAGAGUAUUCAGUUGGAAGUCAAGCUAUCACAAUAUAUCCCAAUGCGGGCACAGCAGUGGAUUGGGUGUAUGAUUCUCUGGGUGUGUCUUACACUUACAUAAUAGAGCUGCCAGACAAAGGAGAUUAUGGAUUCCUCCUUCCCCCAAGUUUCAUUAUCCCAGUUGGGCAGGAAACAUGGGCUGGCAUAAUGGCAGCCAUCAAAUCUAUGUAGCUUGGCAAACAGUGACCAAUACUGUAUAUGUAAAUUUGGAAAUUAAUACAAAACUAUUGGCAACUGCUAGUGAGGAUUACACUAUUAAUUCAUCACUUUAAUGUAAUUAAGAAAAAAAUAAUAUCUUCUUAAUAAA